AUGUACUACGACCCGCUGGUAGCCCUCAUCAACAGCUCCCCCGUGGAAAAGCUCAUCGACGAAACGUCCAAAAAAAAGUCGAGGUGGGGGAAGAGCUCAGCAGGUACCAACAUAGAAAACAAAGUAAUGCCAAGCAAAUGGGGACCAGAAGAGACGAAGCCGUAUUUACCUCUCCCCUUUGUGGACUUACCCCCAGGGUUAACUCCAUCCCAACUUGACCAAUUUCUCCGCGAACAGAGAUACGACGAAUUGACAAAGAAAAUAAAUAAAGGAGAGCUAGAACAUGUCGAUCCGGACAUUCGACCACCAUCUCCACCUCCUAUUUAUGAUAAAAACGGAAGUAGAAUAAAUACAAGAGAAGCGAGGGUAAAGAAUUGCAUGAUUGAGGAAUAUCACAGGUUGGUGGAGUAUCUGCUAAAGCAUGUGGAUGGAUUUGUAGCUCCCCCAAAUUAUAAGCCAAUUAAAAAAGUCAGAAAAAUUGAAAUACCAAUUGAUAAAUAUCCUGAAUACAACUUUAUGGGGUUAAUUAUUGGCCCCAGGGGAUGCAACCAUAAAAGGUUGGAGGCAGAGAGUGGUGCACAGAUAAGCAUCCGUGGUAAGGGGACCCUCAAAGAAGGAAAAAAAACGGAUCACCAAACAGAAAUUGAAGCUAAUAUGCCUAAACAUGUGCACAUAUCUGCUGACAAUGAAGAAUGUGUUGAGAAGGCCGUCAGUUUAAUUACACCCUUGUUAGACCCCUUCCACCCACUACAUGAUGAGUAUAAAAAAAAGGGACUAGAACAAUUGGCACUUGUGAAUGGCAUUAACAUAAAUCAGCUUGAGACACAGCGAUGUUCCAUGUGUAACUCUACUUCGCACAUGACUUUCGAGUGCCCAGAAAAUAUGAAUCUCCAAAAUUUUAAGAAACCAGAAAUUAAGUGUACCCUCUGUGGGGACCAUGGGCACAUAACGCUUGACUGCAAGUUGGCAAAGCAUAAUAAUACCAAGGCGGAUUUGGACCCCUCCCCCACGGAAAAGGGAACCGCUUCUGCUAAGAGUGGGACCGCCGGAAAUAUCCCCGCACCUCCCCCCACCAUGCCACCACCACCAUACGAUAAACACAGAGGGAUCCACCCUUAUGGACAAACGUCCAGAACUGAGAAAAUAAAAAUCGACUUGGAAUACCAAAGAAUGAUGAACGAACUGAACCCAGAUAAAGAAAACGGAGACCACUCCACCGCUAAGGAUUCGAUGAGAAAUGGAAAUGAAAAUAUCUAUGCUACGGGAGCCAAUGCGACGAGUGACUUCCCUCCCCCAUCAGGCAGCCACACCACGCUGGGCGAUAUCCAUAUGGAUUCAUUCUGCGACCCGACGUCUACUUUUUCCGAUCUGAGCGCCAUCUUCCCGGGUACCAACGGAACCGGAAAAGGUACCCGAGGGGGGAGAGGCGGCAGGGGUAGUAAAAAUAACAAAAAUUUUAGUAACGGGCUCCUUCCUCCUCCAAUGAACGGCAAAAAUAAAGACAACCCAAAUCUUAUCCCCUUGGGGAUGAAUAACAAUCCUUUUCCAGAUGAGCUAAUGAAUGCAAAUACGUCAUCAAACUUUUACGACUCGCACUCCAAAAGUGGGAGAAGCAGUUCUCAAAAGAAUUCUAGCAAUAAGAAUUUUAAUACAUCAGGAUCGAAUUACCCAAAUGCGAAUAAUAUUCCUUUAAAUUCUCCCCUCCCUAUGUUACCCAAUAUUUUUAAUUUCCCUUUUAUGAAUAACGGUAUGGUACCACCUGGUUCUGUGCCCUUCCCCAAUGGUCAGCAGAUGUCUCCUGGCCAGCAGCUACCCAUGGAUUCGCUCUACAUGCAGGGUUUUCCGGGUUGGCCGCAAAUGCCCAUGGGCUACUCGGAAGACAUGCUGGCUCACGCGGUUGCGCCUGACACCAACCCGCCCCCCUUGCCAUCGGAAGAUGUGAACAACCAGGACGGCGCGAAUGUUACGUGA